UGAAUGAACUGAUUUUUGCACACCCUAGUUUUAGGCUUUUAGCCCAGGCCACUCAAUAAGGGGCUUAACAAAAACCCAAAAAACAUGCAUUUGUUCCUGAAUUUCUUGACGAAUCCUAAUUCCUAACUAAUUCUACUCAACAGUACAUUCAAUCCACCGCUUUGUUCAACUCAAAUCCUCAAUCGCUCGCGAUUUCUUCUUCUGGAAUUCUCAAGGAUCUCGAUAAAUGGCAACCACUGCCUGUUUCAUCAUUGUUAGCAGAAAUGACAUUCCUAUAUAUGAAGCUGAAGUUGGAGUAGCUGCUAAAAGGGAGGAUUCUGCUCAGCUGCAUCAAUUUAUCCUUCAUGCUGCUCUCGAUAUUGUUCAGGACCUUGCAUGGACUACUAGCGCUAUGUACUUGAAAUCAGUAGACAGGUUUAAUGAACUUGUGGUGUCAGUGUAUGUUACAGCUGGUCAUACCCGAUUUAUGUUGCUACAUGACUCCCGUAAUGAUGAUGGUAUCAAGAGCUUCUUCCAAGAGGUGCAUGAGCUUUACAUAAAGACUCUCCUUAAUCCCCUGUACUUACCUGGCUCCCGGAUCACGUCAUCACAUUUUGAUACUAAAGUCCGAGCCCUUGCACGAAAGUAUUUGUAGAAACCACUAAUUUGUCUGUGGUUGAUAGUUCAUAUAGCACUGUGGCCCGACUCUUAACCUUGUUCGUUCUUGAUUACAUUUGAAAAGCUGUAUUUCUUUUUCUUUAUUUCCAUGAUUUGGCGGCAAGAGUAGAUUUGCUGCUGUCUAUAAUGUACCUCAGUCAUUAGCAGGUGGUGCCUGUUUUUGCUAAUGAAGGCGAUUGUUGACGAGCUAUUUAAUUGCUAGUGGCUUCAUUUGUGAUACAUAUUAAUCUUGUACUUAAUGCUCAACUAUUUGAUCUUGUACUUUU